AUGGCGCACGAAGACCUGAUUUUCCACCUUAACCUUCUCUAUCAAACCUUUGCUGCUCUCCGCUAUAUUUCGGCUGACGACAUUCUUUCUCCGCCAAUUCCGAUCAACCUUGCUGCCGCCAAUGAAGCUGGACUUUCGUCCGAGGUGAUUGCUCUCUUGCAACGACUUCCACAACUGAAGAGCGAACUCUACUCCCUGGCAAUUAUUCCUGAUGGCUCUCAACCUGUCUGUUAUCUCGACGAUAACCUUGACUGGUCGCGGACCCCGACAUAUCAGGAUGCACCAGAGAUUCCUGAACAUGCAUUUGUGCUGAGCAAUCCCAAUAUUCAUGGUACUUCUCUGAUCUACGACACCAUUUCGGAGAAACUGCUGCCUUGGCUGGCAUGGGGAAAACAUGUCGAUCUUGAGAUUUCUGAGAUUGAGAACCCCUUUGAGCUAGACGAUGCGAAGCCAGUAAAAGAGACAAUAGGCCCUUGGAUAUCGAAAUUGAUAAGGCUGGAAUGGGUGCCUUUCAACGAGGAACUCGUCGAAGAGCCUAAUGAGGAGGACCUGAGAGCUAGCAAAGGUGAUGUAGAUGUUUUGGACCAGUACCAGGCACAAUUUAUCAAGUUCAGCAUGAGGGAUGUGUACUUGGCUGCUGGGUGGGACGAUAAGGCUAACGACUUGAAAGGCGCUCAGAAGGGAUUCGAUGGUGAUCUGUUUGAGGUCAAGAAGCAAGAGUGGACCCGAAGGACACAAGAAAUACUCGAUCGGGCAUAUGAAGAAGAAUGGAGAUGGUCGAGAAUAAGGACGACCCUGAGUCUUGGAAACAGUGACAAAGUCAAACAUUUCGAUGACUGGCUACCCGAAGAACAUCAACCAAGACAUAUCGAGCUCUGA